AUGGCAUCCAAGACAACAACACUCGCAAUCCUUGCCGCACUCCCUCUUGCACUAGCUCUCCCAGAACCAUCCCCGGUCCUCAACGCUCGCGCUUCAACCUGCACCCCCGUCGCAGGAGGCUCCUCAUCAAUCGACGAUGUCCCCGCCAUUACAUCUGCAAUCGCGUCCUGCAGUAGUGGCACCAUCGUGAUCCCCUCCGGAACCACGUACUACCUCAACAGCGUUCUUGAUUUCGCGGGAUGCAAGGGCUGCGAUUUCCAGGUCGAGGGCUUACUGAAAUUUAGCUCGUCGACUAGUUACUGGAGUGGACGGACGGCAAUGAUUAAUGUUAAUAAUAUUAGUGGGUUGAAGAUUCGGUCGUUAACGGGGAACGGGGUGAUUGAUGGGAAUGGGCAGGAUGCAUGGGAUCUUUUUGCCUCGAACAGUAGCUAUGCGCGUCCAACACUUCUCUAUAUCACCGGCGGCUCAGACAUAACAAUCUCCAACCUCCGCCAAAAGAAUCCCCCCAACGUCUUCAACUCCGUCAAAGGUGGCACCGACAACAUCGCCUUCACAUCGCUCACAAUGGACGCGACAUCGAAAAGCACCAAUGCCCCCAAGAACACAGACGGCUUCGACAUCGGCGCCAGCACCAACGUCGUCAUCAACAACGUCAAGGUCACCAACGACGACGAUUGUGUGGCCUUUAAGCCAGGCGCCAAUGGCGUGACAGUCACAGACAUAACCUGCAUCGGCAGCCACGGCCUCUCCGUCGGCUCACUGGGCAAAUCAUCCUCGGACACAGUUCAAAACGUCUACGUAUCCGGCGCGACGAUGGUGAAUUCCACCAAAGCGGCGGGAAUCAAGACGUACCCGUCCGGCGGGAGUCAUGGGCUCUCGACCGUUUCGAACGUGACGUGGACCGGGGUGGUGGUUGAGGGGUGCGACUAUGCGAUUCAGAUCCAGAGCUGUUAUGGGGAGGAUGCGAGUUAUUGUGCUGAGUAUCCUGGGGAUGCGGAUUUGACGGGGAUCGUGUUUGAUCAGUUUAGUGGGACGACGAGUGGGAAUUAUGGAUCUGUGACGGGGAAUUUGGAUUGUGGUGCUGAUGGGACUUGUGGGGUGAAGGUUAGUUCGUAUACUGUCAAGGCGCCGAAUGGAGGGGAUGAGGUGCUUUGUGCGAAUACCCCGUCGAGUCUGGGGGUAACUUGCACCUCGGGGGCGUCGGGUUGA